AUGAUUUGCAGAACAUGCCUGCGGCGGGCCUCGGCUCUGCCCCGUCUUCAAGCCCCAAGGGCCGCCGCCGUCCUCGCCAUCAGACCCUUCUCCCUCUCCACGCCAUCAAGAAACGCAGCAGCAGCGGCCGAUGACGGAACCAAGACGAAAGCGACCGACGUCCCCCCGAACCUCUCGACCCUUAAGGCCGACGCGCCGCCGUCCGAGCCCAUCUCCUCGUGCCCCGCCGGCACUGUUCUCAACGGCCUGAACUACUUCAAGGGCCGGACCGACCCGGUCGCCCUCCGCGAUGAGGAGUACCCCGAGUGGCUGUGGACGGUCCUGGAGUCCAAGAAGGAGACCGUCGAGUCCGCCGACGAUCUCGCCGCCGAGAUGUUCUCCAAGUCCAAGAAGCAGCGCAAAGCCGCCGCCAAGCGUCAAAAGGCCAUCGAGGCCAAGCUCGUCGCCUCGGGCGAUAUCGAGGCCCUUGCGCCCAAGGUCCCGCUGCCGCAGCAGUCCAUCAACCUGCCCGGUGAGAAGGGCGGCGACGUCGAGCACAACCUGCACGCGGCUACCAAGAGAGACGAGCUGCGCAAGGCAAUGCGCAAGGAACGCAAGGCCAAGAUCAAGGAGUCCAACUACCUCAAGUCCAUGUAA